GGUGGAGGGCUGGCGGCGGCCGGCUGCCAUGGCUCGGCCUCCAGGUCCAGAGCGCCACCGCCCACCCCUCCCCGCCUCGCCUGUCCCCGAUGCCCGCCAGACUCCUGCCUUUGCUGGGGCCCCCGCCUGACCGGCCUCCCCUCCUGGUCCGGUUGGGAUCUGGGGGCUGAGCCGUCCGGGGUCCCAGGGCCAAUGCAGUGCCGGCUCCUCCGGGGCCUGGCGGGAGCCCUCCUCACCCUUCUGUGCACGGGGCUCCUCUCCCUGCCGUAUCACUCCAGCCUGUUCCCCCAGGGCGUGCAGGAGCCCCCCGAACCGAGCCCGCCCAGCCCCCGGCCCCCCGACCUGCAGCUACACGAUGUCUUCAUCGCAGUCAAGACCACCCGUGCCUUCCAUCACUCCCGCCUGGAGCUGCUGCUUGACACGUGGGUCUCCAGGACCAGGGAACAGACUUUCGUCUUCACCGACAGCCCGGAUGAAGGCCUCCAGGAGAGAUUGGGGUCCCACCUCAUCAUCACCAACUGCUCUGCAGAGCACAGCCACCCCGCCCUGUCCUGCAAGAUGGCUGCCGAGUUCGACGCCUUCCUGGCCAGCGGGCUGAGGUGGUUUUGCCACGUGGACGACGACAACUACGUGAACGCGCGGUCGCUGCUGAAGCUGCUAAAAACCUUCCCGCUGACCCGCGACGUCUACCUAGGCCGGCCCAGCCUGAACCGGCCCAUCCACGCCUCUGAGCCGCGACCCCGCAACCGCACGAGGCUGGUACGGUUCUGGUUCGCCACUGGGGGUGCCGGCUUCUGCAUCAACCGCAAACUAGCUUUGAAGAUGGCCCCAUGGGCCAGUGGCCCCCGCUUCGUGGACACAUCUGCGCUCAUCCGGCUGCCUGACGACUGCACUGUGGGCUACAUCAUUGAGUGCAAGCUGGGCGGUCACCUGCAGCCCAGCCCCCUCUUCCACUCGCACCUGGAGACACUGCAGCUGCUGGGGGCUGCCCAGCUCCCGGAGCAGGUCACCCUCAGCUAUGGCGUCUUCGAGGGGAAGCUCAACGUCAUUAAGCUACAGGGCCCCUUCUCCCCCGAGGAGGACCCCUCCAGGUUUCGCUCCCUCCACUGUCUCCUCUACCCAGACACUCCCUGGUGCCCCCAGCUGGUGGCCCGCUGAACCCUGAACCGCUGGGCUGAGGUCUCUGGUUGUCCCUCGCCUCCCCAGGCAGCCCUGAGGGCCUGUGGCAAGUGCCCUGAGGUGGGCAGUCCCUGGCAGGGCCUCCGAGUGGUGGGCAAGCCCAGGAUUGGCUGGUGGCUGGUGGGGAGGGCAUCCUGAGCCCCUGGGAGGUGGGGGGACAGCCCAGGG